AAUUUGACAUUUAAUAGGCUUUUCCUUAAUCCCUCCUUAUUAUCCAACAUUUUCGCUUAUCCAACGUUUUGCCAGCCCAUUUAUGUUGGAUAAGCAAGACUCUACUAUAUUAUCUGUCUCUCCUUUUAAUCCAAGGCGGGGCACAACACAGGCAGAUCUAUCAAAUCCCAUAUUGAAACAUAGUUAAAAUGCAGCCACAAAAGCAUAUAUUAAAACAUAAAAGGUAAAGGUUUCCCCUUGACAUUAAAUCUAGUCGAGUCCAACUCUGGAGCAUGGUGCUUAUCUUCAUUUCUAAGCUGAAGAGCUGGCGUUGUCUGUAGACAUCUCCUAGGUCAUGUGGCCAGCAUGACGGCAUGGAGUGCCGUUACCUUCCUGCUGAAGUGGUACUUACUGAUCUGCUUAUAUUUGCAUGUUUUCGAACAGCUAGUUUGGCAGAAACUGGGGCUAACAGCGGGAGCUUACCCCACUCUCCAGGUUCGAACAACCAACCUUUUGGUUUGCAAGUUCAGCAGCACAGCUGUUUAACCCCCAGCACCACCAGGGGGGUACUAUUACAGUUAUUGUUGUUGUUGUUGUUGUUGACAAGGUAGGACUUCUUUGUCUUUCUCUAAAGCACUAGACUGUUAGUUCAAGGUGAGGGAUAGUGUAGGGCCCAGAAAGAAAGGAAUAAAAGCCAAACAAUGCCCUGCUCCCUGCCCAUAUUCAGGGAACUGUAGGCAUCUAGCCCACCUCCAAGGCCUUCAGGUUAAUGUACUUGAGAUAACAGUCAUGCAGGUUGAAAUAGUGGGCAUAUUCUUCUUCAUCAGUAAACUCUACAAGGUCUGUCUGAUCAGCAAGUUCUGCAGCUUAGCAGGUUAACCCGCUGCGCCACCGCAGACCCUAUAUUAAAACAUACAUGUAUUCAAAGGUACAAGGCAAACGUUAAAACAAAAGUAAACACAUAUGUUUUAAAAGUCACAGUUCAUUCCUCUGUCAUCUUCAUUCCCUUUCCUUCCCCAGGAUGCCCUGUGAGGCCCUGCGCUCUGCCCUGCGGAAGGCCUUCCGAAGGGUCCGGGAGCAGCAUAGGGCCUGGGAGGGGGCCCUAGCAGCUGUGGCCCCGCUCCUGGCUUCCCUGGGCAGUCUGGCGGAGCAGGCGCAGGCCCUGCAAGUGGCAAACCUGGACCAGAGCCCCUUGCACUCUUUCCCCGGACUCCAGGGGCGACUACAGGCCAAGCACCGAGCAGCUGCAGAGGCCUUGCUGGGACAGCUCCACCAGAAAAUUCUCCCUGAGCUGCAGAAGACCAGGGAUGCCAUAGGUGUCCAGGUGGCUGGCAUCCUCCUGCUCUGUGAGGGACCAAAGGCUGAGCUGGGCCUGGAGAGCUCCUUCCAGCGCUGGCCACUCUACCCCUCACUGGCUGACAUGGUGGAGUGGCUGCUGGACAUUGAGAGGCUCUACCACCAAAUAUACCUGGAGGCCAAGCUGCUCCUCCUGCAGGUCAGGUACGAGAACCUGACUGGGAUGCAAGCCCUUCCUAAGGCCUGGGAGCAGGUUGUGCAGCACAGCCAGCAGCAACAAGGCACAGUGGAGGGAAACAUGUUAACCAUGGCGGCCUGGAGAUGCCAAAGAGAAAGAAGGAGGUGAUGCUGUGCCAGCCCUUUCGAUCAGCCCAGUUGCCAGUCUGCAAAAAGGUGGAGUGGCCCUGCUCUACAUCCAGCAUCUUUUCCAGGUUGUCUGCCCUUUGGACCCAGAAAAUCAAGAGAGAGGAAGGGAGCAACCAGAGCACUGCAUUUUGGGAAAAGCCCGGCAAAGACAAGGGCAGCUUCUGUCUUGGCGGAGAGGCAGGUGUUGUGGAUCCAGGCAGAACAGAUUUGUUUCUUUCACACCCCAAAUCAUGGAGUCUCAAGGCAGCACAAUAGAAAAACAGUCCAACCACUUUAUCACAUUCUUUAAAUACUGAGCCACCCACGUAAGAAAUGGCAAUCUACUGUGUUCAUCACAUGAUGUAGGCUUCAAGUGUAAGAGAGAUCAUGGGGUUAAAAAAGUGUUGCAAAAGGUUAUCUUUUCGGAAACUGUCUGGAUGGUUGGCAAGUGACUUUUUUUGCACAUUAUCUAGAUCAGAGGUCCUCAAACUUUUUAAGUGGGGGAUCCGUUCACGGUUACUCAGACUUUUGGGGAGUGAACUAUGGUUUGGAAAAAAAAUGAUCUGAUUCCUAUAAACACUGCACAUAUAUGUAAUGCAAAAAAAGGAAAAAAAGAAGACAAAACAAUAUUUUAAAUGAAGAAUAAUUUUCACCAGCAUAAACUUACCCAUCUUUCAAUGGGAAGUGUGGGCCUAGUUUUGAAUGAUGAAAUAGUCAAGUUAAUUAGGAUUAUUGUUGUGUGCCUUUAAUUAAUUUCAGACAGGGCAAACCUAAGUCUAAAGUUUAAGGCAGGGGUCAGGUAAAUGACCUUGGAGGGCCACAUGCAGCCCACGGGCCUUAGUUUGAGGACCCCUGAUCUAGAUAGAGGUUUGGUCAAAAUCGUGAAUUCUGUCAUGUGAUGGUAUUCGUCAUGCUCAGCUUUUAAAUGAUACCGUUAGGCAAUUUGUGGGAGGAGCUCAAAUGCCCCUUUGAGAAAAAGCUUCACCAUUACCUUUUGCUCAUGGGCGAGGGAAGAUCAGCAAUAUGUUGUAUUCCUUUUUGGGGGCUGGCCCUCCCUCCCGUGUAUUGUAUGUGCCAUGUGUUACCUCCUCAUCCUCUCAAAAACACACAGAGCAAAGAACAAAAACACACAGACCAAUGUUAUCUCUUCCAUAGGAGGCUUUUCUUUCUAGCAAAACAAUAUGGUUGCACUAUGUACAAGAACAAGGUUUCCAUAACACAAAUAAAGUUCUAUACACUUCCUU